GUCAACAUAGAAUUUUGAGGUUAUAAAUUAUACUAGUGUUAAGUUUCUUUCGUAUACCUGAACGAGAUCCUUACAUAAGAACAAAGUUCUGCUUCAAAUCAUACUCUACGCUAAUAAUAUCAGACUCAAUGAGAAUUGGCUGGGUUCACAAACUGGUAAACAAAUGGCCCGGGAAAAAGACCUUUGGGAUGUAUAGAUUUCUUCCAAUGUUCUUCGUACUUGGAGCUGCAUUGGAAUUUUCUAUGAUAAACUGGAGAGUUGGUGAAGUUAAUUUUUACAACACUUUUAAGCGGCGUCAAGCCCACGAUAUAGUUGAAGAGAAAAUUAAAAAGUACGCAGCUGUGUAACAUGCCUGCCGGAGUAACUUGGG